GGUCUGCACAAGAAGAAAAAAAAAAAAUCACCGGCGCGAGCUGUCUAGCAACGGGAGCGCAAAUAAACAGUGCAAACUCGAGAAGUGAGGGGAGUACAUUUUUGAUGAGUGAUAAAAGUCUGCAAGGUGAUUGAUUGUGUUGUAGAUUUGCCUUGGAAAUGGACAGUGACAAUGUCGACGACGUGCAGGCAGGGCUGGACUCUGUGGAGGCUGAGCUGGAGGUGGUGAAGCUGCAGAUAGCUGAGCUGCUGGAGAAGCAGGCUAGCCUGACCUCCAAGAGGAAACAGCUGCUCCGCAGGCUGGAAGAGCCAUGUGACUCCACCCAGCCCUCUGGAUCUGCAAUGACCAAGCAGGAGCUGCUGCGCUAUGAGAAUGAUGAUUUCUCGUGGUCAACAGAGCUGGAGCAGAAUCUGAAGGAUGUGUUCCAGCUCUCUAAGUUCCGUCCUCUCCAGCUGAAGGCCAUCAACCUUAGUAUGUCUGGUAAAGACCUCUUUCUAGUGAUGCCCACUGGACGAGGGAAAAGCCUCUGCUAUCAGCUACCUGCAGUCUGCUCUGAGGGUUUCACUCUGGUAGUAACUCCUCUAGUUUCUCUGAUGGAGGAUCAGCUCAUGUACUUAAAGUCCAUCGACGUUGAAGCCGUCUCUCUCAACGCAUCCAGCAGUAAGGAACAUGCUAAAAUGGUCCUAGCGGAGAUGACGGACUCCAAAGCGCCUUUCAAGCUGCUGUAUGUGACUCCAGAGAAGAUAGCGAAGAGCAAGCUGCUGAUGUCGAGGCUGGAGAAGGCCUACAACGCAGGCAGGCUUAGCCGUAUUGCUGUGGACGAGGUGCACUGCUGCAGCCAGUGGGGACACGACUUCAGACCUGACUACAAGCUUCUGGGGAUCCUGAAGAGGCAAUUCCCAAAGGUUCCGUUGCUAGGGCUGACGGCCACGGCAACCGGCAGUGUUCUAAAGGACUGUCAGAAGAUCCUGUGUGUCCCUGAGCCAAUCACACUCACCGCCUCCUUCAACCGCACCAACCUCUACUACGAGGUACGCCUUAAAGACUCGAACAGUGAUGAUUCAGUCAGUGACAUCUCCACACUGAUCAAGGAGAGAUAUAAGGACCAGUCAGGGAUAGUGUACGUGUUUUCCCAGAAGGAUGCAGAGACGGUGUCAGCAGACCUACAGAAGAAAGGCGUCAAUGCAUCUCCAUACCACGCUAACAUGAAUCCAGAGGACAAGUCACAGGUUCAUCGCAAAUGGGCCACCAACAAGAUCCAGGUGGUGGUAGCUACUGUGGCGUUCGGGAUGGGGAUCGACAAGGCUGACGUCAGAUUUGUCAUCCAUCACACCAUCAGCAAGUCCAUAGAGAACUACUAUCAGGAGAGCGGAAGAGCAGGCAGAGACGAUAAGCCGGCUGACUGCAUUGUGUACUUUGGCUUCAACGACAUCUUCAGGAUCAGCACCAUGGUUGUCAUGGAGAACGUAGGACAACAGAAGCUGCUGACCAUGGUCGACUACUGUCAAAAUGUGGACAGGUGUCGGCGCUCAGUGAUCGCUGUUCACUUUGAUGAGGUUUGGGACGAUGAAGGAUGCAACGAGAUGUGUGACGUCUGUCGCCAUGGCAAUGACUACAUCACGGUGGACAUCACGCAGCAUGCUAAAGAUGUAGUCCAGAUUGUGGAGCUGGCGGGCUCUCUGGAUGAGAAACUGACCCCCCUGAAGGUGACCGAGGCGUGGAUGGGGAAGGGUCCGGCCAAACGCAGGAAGAUGAUCCAGACCACCACCCUGUCUCGCCUGGAGGUGGAGGCCAUCAUCACAAGCUUACUGCUGCAGGGCUACCUCAGUGAAGACUUCAGUUUCACUCCAUACACCACCUACUUCUACCUGAAGCUGGGUGGUAAGGCACCACUGCUGAAGAACCAGAGUCACUCCAUCACCAUGAAGAUGAGGAGGACAGGCCUGGACGCCAACACGGUAAAAGUGUCCCAGGUAAAGACCAAAGAAGGAAAGAGAUCUGGUGACAAUGCUGCAAACUCCCCUGUCACCAAGAAAGUCAAGAGAGACCUCUAGUGCCCCCCUGAAGAGACCAAAGAAAAAGAGGACCAAUUAGCUGCUGGAGUUAAAGAGGUGGUGGUGACCUCCCAGUCUCCUCCUCCCGUUGCCCCCAACAACAGCAGCACUCCCCCUCCCAGACACAACAAACUGAUCAAGAUGGAU